AUGCCCGCCGACAUGAACAAGAUUCCCUGCGAUGAAGAGAGCGGCGCCCUGGUGCGCACCAAGGUGGAAGGCGGCCUCGCGGAGGUGAAGCAGCGCCUCGAGAAGGCCUGCAGCCAACACAAGGAGCUGUACGAGAGAUACCAGGCCAUCCCAGAGGAGGCCCGCUCCAACAGCAACAUCACCCAGCAGCACCGCGAAGACUGCCACAGCGAGUUCGCAUCAUCUCCGGGUAUGUAUGAUGGAAUCCUGGGCGUGAUCGGCGAGUCGGUGGCAGAGGCAGCAGCAGAGCUGGAGAGCGGAGACGUCGACAACUGUUUCGAGUCCUUGCGCGGAGCGAUGGAGUUCCUGGAGCCCAUCGAGAAGAAGAUCAUCGACUACGAGACCGCCAUGAAGGCACACGAGCAGACCGUCACGAAGCUUGCCGAUGAGAAGGAGAAGGCGAAGACAAAGGAGCAGGCGAAGGAGAAGGAGAAGGCCGGCAAGGUGAGGAAGCCCAAGAAGCACAGCAAGCAAGAUCCGAUUGACUUAAACUACUAG